GACCUCGUUGCGGAAAAUUAGAAGUGAGCUGUACAGUUCCUGUGUCUGUACCCUCGCUCUGUUGUUAUUUUUUGUUUAUCCUGAUCCUCGCUUUCGAUUGGGAACGACACCCCCGUGUUCUCGUGUCUAUCACUGCAACUUGCAGUUGCAGUGAUAGACACGAUUGCAAGGUCAAUGGGACCUCGUUGCGGAAAAUUAGAAGUGAGCUGUAACGUUCCUGUGUCUGUACCUCCCUCGCUCUGUUGUUAUUUUCUGUGUAUCCUCAUCAUGAGACCUCAUCAUGAGGAUACACAAAAAAUAACAACAAGGAUGAGGACCUCAUCCUCGGUUUCUACUGGGAAUGACACCCUCCCUGUGUUCUCAUGUCUAUCGCUGCAAGGACAGAAACUGAACGGAGUUUGACGCUUUCUAGACACCGUGCCCGCUUCAUUCGCCGAUUGCCCGCAUAUGCGGCCAAUAAAUGAGCAUAUAUAUAGUGCCCCAAAAGAAACCACAUUUCCUCAAAACGAUCUGACUACAUUCUUCCUUUAACAAUCUCUAAGCACAACCAAAUCUACGAUCUAAUUGACUAUACAUCACACACAAUGACUCCCAAAUCCACCUUCGCAUCUCUCCUCCUCCUCCCAGCCGCGGUCCUUGCCGUUCCUGCCGCCUUGGCCGAUCCCAAAUGCGCCCCUGGCGGUAACUUCGACCUCUCCUUCUGGAGCCUGCAGCUCCCCACCGGUUCUUCUUUCACCACAAUCAAGAGCGCCGACCUACAAGGAUGCAACGGCUACACCGAUAGCAACUUCUCGACCGACAAGUCCAGCGGAGCUAUCGUCCUCGUCGCACCCGGCAAUCCCGAUCUGACGGGCUGCACUACGAGCUCCGGUAGCGUGCACUGCCGCACCGAGCUGCGUGAGGUAGUCAGCGCAACGGGCAAGAACGCGGCGUGGUCGCCCAAGAAUACGAAUACUCUUACCGUGUCCAUGACGGUGGUGGCGGCGGAUGAUGGAAGCCACGGUACGGCGAUUGGACAGGUGUUUGCGGCGGAUGCGAGCAAGCCGCUCGCGGAGAUGUAUUACAGCCGCCAGGGCGAGAUUGUGGUCGGGGUCAAGCCGGAUGCGAACUCGGGCCAGAUCGUGACGAAGGUCGGGACCGUGGCUGUGGGGACGAAGUUUGAGUAUAAGCUUGAUUACUCAAAGGAUGUGUUGACGGUGACAAUUAAUGGGAAGGCGACGAAGCUGGACACGGGGGGUAACUGGGCUCCGACCUGCUAUUUUAAGACGGGGAAUUACAAUCAGGGUAAGUCAGCAGCUUCGUCGAAGGUGGUUAUUUCCGCGAUCAAAGUGUCGCACUCUUAAAUUUGGGAUGGGGCGACAGAAGAAGUUGGGGUGAAGAAUUAUCCUCUUAGUGUAGUGAAAUGGCAUAACUGAGAAAUGAGA